AUGGGAGGUGGGAGCAACUCCGGCAAGCCAGGCGCAUCAGAGGCGUUGAGCCUCGUGUUCCGCAUCACGACGGUGGGGCUGUCGCUGGCGUCGGCGAUCAUGACGGCGGCCUCGACGCAGAGCCAGUGCGUCCACGACGACUGCAACGGCGAGGCGACCGCCACCGUCUCCUUCGGCAACUACAACUCCUUCAAGUAUUCGGCGCUGGCCGACCUGCUGUCGGCGGUGCUGCAGGGCGUGGCGAUCUGCCUGGAGGUGGCGAGGAAGGACAAGGCAGCCAAGGUCGUGGAGUUCAUCGACAAGCUCCUGCUGGCGCUCACCUCGACGUCAGCGGCGCUGCUGCUGGCCGUCGACGACAUCACCUCCUGCGGGUCACCUCGCGGUGGCGGGCGCCGGCGCAGCAGACGCUUCUGCACCCAGGCCGGCAGGUUCUGCGGGAAGAUCCGAGCGUCGUCGGCCUUGUCCCUCGUCGCCGCCGUUUCCGUCUCCGUCACCGUCUACACCAGGCACAUCCCCGUAAGUUUUACGCUUACGCCACGGCUACGGGCUUCGCCCCCAGCCAGGGAAAUUCCAAUGAAAGGACACCCAACAGCACCGCCACCAAGUGUUAGGCCGAAACCGCCAAAACCGGAAUCACCUACCGGACCCAAGUGUGGAGAAGAACCAGGGCCGUGCACAGAUAUUGGGACCCCACAGCCACCGGUGAUGCCUCGGCCGUGCGGCGGAUGCACGACGCUAACAAUCCCGCAAGGCUGCGAGAUCGCCGAGCAGGUGGUGUCUCCGCCGUGCUGCGGAUGCCCGAGGCGGACGAUCCCGCAAGGCUGCGAGAACCCCGAGCCAUGCGGCGCAGCAUGUGUUUAUGUCCAUGAAUAA